UCAAAGUGCAAGCAGCUUUGUUACCGCGCACGAGUGCACUGGCUGCGGAUUAGUGGGUUUGAACGGCUGCAUUUUAUACCACAAUUCGGUGUACGCGUCGAAAUGCGCAGCGUCGCACGCCUCCGACGCGCCAGAGCACCACAUGUGAGGAGGCGCUUCAGAGACGGCGCGGGCGUCGACGCCUACGUCCAGCCCCAGGCCGUCGAUGCGAGCAAGCCGAACCGGUAUAGUGCGACGCUGACGGCCCACGCGAGAAGGGGCGGCGCCCAGGCCAUGCUCGUGCCGUGCGGCGUCGACAGCGAGAAGCUCGCGCAGCCGCAGAUUGGUGUGGCAUCUAUAUGGUGGGAGGGCAAUCCUUGUAAUAUGCACUUGUUGGAUCUGUCAGAACUUGUGAAGACUUCCCUGGAGCAGCAGGAUCUCGUAGCGCUACGGUACAACGCGGUGGGCGUCUCCGACGCGAUCUCCAUGGGCACGGGGGGGAUGCGCUACUCGUUGCAGUCCAGGGACCUCAUAGCGGACAGUGUGGAGACCGUCGCCGCCGCACAAUUUUAUGAUGGUGUCGUCACGAUCGCGGGCUGUGAUAAAAAUAUGCCGGGUUGUGUGAUGGGCAUGGGUAGGUUGAAUAGGCCCUCACUGAUGAUUUAUGGCGGGAGUAUCAGGAGGGGUAAGUUACCCUCGGACGGGCGGAAGAUCAACAUCGUCGACGCGUUCGAAGGUUAUGGUAAGCUUGUGGCUGGUACGAUCACACCGCAGGAACGCGCCGAAACUAUUCAAUGCGCCUGUCCCGGGGCCGGUGCGUGUGGCGGCAUGUACACGGCGAACACCAUGGGGACACUCACGGAGGCCAUGGGGCUGUCGUUACCUUACUCCGCGUGUACGCCGGCCGACGCGAAGGCCGCAGAAUGUGCCGCCGUCGGUGCUGUGAUCAAGCAUAUGGUCGAGAUCGAUCUCAAACCGAGAGACAUCCUCACGAAAAAAUCGUUGCACAACGCCAUCGCCGUCGCUUCCUGUGUGGGUGGCUCGACGAACGCGGUACUCCACUUACUAGCUAUAGCUAGGGCGUUCGGCGUCGACGAUUUCGGGUAUGAAGAUUUCGAGACAGUAAGACGAAAAGCCCCAGUCCUGUGCGACAUGAAGCCCUGGGGGGCCAAUCUCAUGGAAGACUUGCACGAUGUGGGUGGGGUGCCCGGGGUGUUGAAACGCAUGCUGAGCGACGGGAUUCUGCCGCAUCCCGAAGCCUUGACGGUGUCGGGCCAGUCACUAGGUGAUGUCUUGGACCAGUGUGCGCCGCUGCACGCAGAUCAAAAUAUCAUGAGGGCUUUAAACGAUCCGAUCAAGGCCGAGGGCCACUUGACGGUGUUGCAUGGUUCUCUAGCUCCAGACGGCGCCGUGGGGAAAAUAACGGGCAAGGAGGGCAUGGUCUUCGAGGGCCCCGCACUGGUCUACGACUCCGAGCCGGAGAUGUUGGAUGGACUCGACGCGGGCGAGAUCACGCCCGGCGUCGUGAUUGUCAUAAGGUAUAGCGGUCCGAAGGGCGGGCCGGGCAUGCCCGAGAUGCUUACACCUACCUCCGCUUUGGUGGGGGCUGGUUUAUCUACCUCUGUGGCGCUGCUGACGGAUGGACGGUUCUCGGGCGGCACGCACGGUUUCUGUAUUGGUCAUGUCGCACCAGAAGCGGUGGAAGGAGGACCCAUCGCCUUCGUGAAGACGGGCGACCGUUUAAUAAUAGACGCGGCGAACCGGCGCAUCGACCACGACAUCUCCGACGCCGAGCUCGCGCGGCGGAAGGAGGGGUGGGCGCCGCCGCCGCCGCGCGUGACGCGCGGCGUGCUGGCGAACUACUACAAGUCCGUCGCGUCGCCGAAGCACGGGUGCGUGACGGAUAUGAUUUAA